AUGGACUACGCCAAAGCAAGUGUCAGCGACCGCGCGGCCAUGAUACGUAGGGGGAUAUGGUCACAAGAAGAGUUCAAGGUCGCAAGGGACGACGAGGAGGCAGUAAUCAAGGCCGUCACAUAUGAAAACAAAGACGCUAGGCUCGCUGCCAUUUGGUUCCCCGAAACCACGCACCUUGGCGUUGAAGAGACAUUCCUCGGCCUCUCAGAUGCGCCAACCACAUGCUCUGGUCUUGUGUUGGAUGGGCUUCCACAGGAGCUGAUAGAUUCGAUGCUGUACCGGCUCGACAUGGUGUCGCUGUUUAGGAUGCGACAUGUUAAUCGCCGCCUGCGCAAUUCGGUCAACUCCCUACACAGGUACCGAGACAUAGUGAGAUACGGCGGAUUCGACGUCACGCUUGCACUUCUCAGGUCGAAUGCAGGACUCUACAUCGGCCUCGAUGACAUGUACACCGUCUUGUGCACCCGCAGCUGCAUGAUCUGCAACAACUGCUUCGGCGACUUUGUCUUCCUCUUGGGAUGCCUUCGCUGCUGCAAAAGCUGUCUGCACUCGGCUUCGGAAACACGCGUGUGCUCUCUCAACUACGCCCGCGGAGUCUACGGAGGUCUGCUGAGCAACAAGCAGCUAGACAGCUUUCCCAAGAUGGCCGUACUGCCGGGUCUCUACGGACCGGAGGAGCAGCCAAUAACGGGAAAGGAGAGCGAGACGCCGGUGCUGGUUUCUGCGUCGGCGCUGACCGAAGCCUUGCACGGCGAACUUACGCGAUGGGGCAUAUCCUGGUAUAGUUCUGGACCAGGCGUGAGUCGAACGAAUGGCGAGUGGGAAGGGUACACACCUAUGGCGGCUUGCCUGUUGCCUUGGCUCGACAAGGACUCGGGCGUGGCCGAGGUCCAAGUGCGUUGUACAGGUUGCGCAUGGGUGGGCGACGAGGCGAGCGGCCUGGACAGCACGGGCAAUCUGUCGCCGGAUGACUUGUACCUCUCGUUCAGCAGGCGAGACUUUCUGAACGAGCACUUCAAGCGCUGCGAGCAGGCUCAGAGGCUGUGGCUGUCUACCAGGGGCGGAAAGCAGGAGCCGACCUUUGCAGUGGCUCUCUAA